UGCCUUCUGCCAAGGCUCCCGAUCUUUCUCACCUCCCAAGCCUCAACGUCGGAGCAACCGACUGCAUUUCUGUCUCAACCCCGCAGCCUCGCCUUUCGCCUUGUAUUCUUACCCCCGGCUUGUUUUUGAUCGGCUCUCGUCGCUCGCUCCGCAUUGUUACCAGGAUUCCCAGCGGUCUUUUUCUAUUCAUCUGUUUAUUCUUUCGCUUCGCUCAUCCGCGAGACCGCAUGCAUUACUUGUAGACCCUCUCGAGACCCGCCCCCACGCGACAGGCGCGUCACGCUCGUCGCAUCCGAUCCGAUCCGCACCCACCACCAAGCCAGCCGCACAGUAUACACGCAUGUCGGCGGCGGAGAACACAAGAUGAGCAUAUUCAACCAAAAAUCCAAAUUCAAGGUCAAGACCGAAGUCCGCAAGGUCAAGCAAGCCGUCGCGCCGACCCCGGAAAAGCGGCAUGCGAGCACCGGCAGCAGCACCCACGGCACGCCGCGCGCGUCGCCCAUCCCCUCCUCCCUGCACGCGAAGCGCCCCUUACAACGGCCCUCCUCCCCAGCGGUCAGGCCCUCGCUCUCGUCGUCCGCCUCCUCCACGCUAGGCUCGAGCCGGAAACGGCGGGCCCCCGCCAGCAGCCGGUCGCCCGCGACGGCGAGCCCCGCGCCCGUGCUCAGCGACUCGGAACCGGGGUCAGACGACGACGACGACGACUGGCGCGAGAGGCUGGACCCGAGCAAGCGGCGGAAGCGGGCGGCGCACACGGAGGACCCGGACCGGCGGCUGAGGCAUCCGAGGUUAUGGGCGGGGCAGGGCGAGGAGGAGAAGCCGGGGAUCGUGCACGCGGUGCAGGUGGCGUCGCUGGAGGACAAGUGCCAGCCGGUCAUGAAGCUGGGGCGGGACGAGGUGGGCGUGCGGCUGCGGUAUCCCGGGGCGAAAUACACCGAGCGGUAUGAGCUCGUGUGGGGCAAGGACAAGAUCGACGGCGCCCUAGACAUUAUGAAGGUCGUUAAGUUCGUGGCAUCGACAUACCUCACCAACGCCGAGGCGAAACCAUUCCUGGACCAAAACAUUGGCAUCAACCGCCAGUUGGAGAAGAGCAAGAACACCAAUGACGGGGACGGGUUCAAGGCGGCUCUGGUGGAAUACAAUAACCAGCUGCUGGCCCUUCAGACGAAAGGCGCAAUAGCGAAGAAUAUCGACGCCAUGCGUGGUGUGUCCAGGGAGCUCGUCGAGUUCAUCCUGGACCAAGUAUACGACCGUACGGUGGCGCCCAAAGUCGACCUCCUCGCCAAGUACGAAAAUGGCACCGACAACGUCUAUGGCGAGCUGCUCCACCCGUUUAUUUCCGACAUCUUCGACCGCACAAAGCUGAGUUCGGACAUGGUCUUUGUCGACCUCGGCUCGGGAGUCGGCAACGUGACGCUUCAGGCGGCCCUGGAAAGAGGGUGCGAGAGCUGGGGCUGUGAGAUGAUGGAGAACGCGUGCAACCUCGCCGAGGCGCAGAAGAAGGAGUUCACGGCGCGGUGUCGGAUGUGGGGUAUCGCGCCGGGCAAGGUGCACCUGGAACGGGGCGAUUUCCGGAAGAGCGAGAGGACCUUGGCGGCGCUGAAACGCGCCGACGUGGUCCUGGUCAACAACCAGGCCUUUACGUCGGAGCUCAACGACCACCUCGUCAACAUCUUCUUGGACCUCAAGAUUGGGUGCAAGAUUGUGUCGCUCAAGACGUUUGUCCACGACAACAAACUCGCCGAGAACGAUGUGGCGUCGUCCAUUCUGGAAGUCGAGGACUUGAGAUACCACGAGGGUUAUGUUAGCUGGACGGGAGCCGCAGGGACAUUCUGCAUUUCGACGAGGAAGUGAUUGCGUGCUUGUGAGACUUUUGGGGCGUGCCGGUGGGUUUGGGUGAGUCUUUCAGGAGUAUGGGACGGUCGGCAUCAGUAUUUGGACAUGUCUGCAAAGACAAAUGAGUACCCCAUAUAGCGGUGUUUGUUGAUGUAUUUGUUGGUGUACCUCUUGGUGUACAUCUGUACAGCUUUGAAGAAGGGAGGG